AGCCCAGUUGGCUCAGGGUGACCGCCCUUCAGUCGAGCCUUUCGGCUUAAGCCUGACUGGCAUUCUUUCUACGCGCCAGCCCGCGCUCUGCUCACUCAGAGCUGGACUGCCCAGGCCAAUGGCUGACGUUGGGGUCCUUAACCAUCUGGGGUGGACUGUCGUGCUCAGCAUUAUUUCCCUGGUCGGCGGGCUCAUGCUGGCGACCUUGCUGUUUGUCCUCUACCGCUUCCACCACAUCAGACAGCUGAAGAAGGUCAAGCCCCUGGCAAGCUUCGGGUUACCGCUGAGCUUCCAUUCGCCCGACGACACCCCCCGCGAGUUCAAGCAGUUCCCAUACCGCUGGUCCUACAUCGGCCAGGCCCUGAUGUACCUGUGGGCGUUGUACUUCGUCGUUGCGUACCUGCUGAUGGCUGCGGGCUGCUGGUUCAUCUACCCGUGGACGCAGAACAACGGGCUGGGGGCCCCCCCGCAGGUGCUGGCGGCAUUCGGCGGCGGCGAGGGAUUACAGGCCCCCUGGCUGCUCAUCUACACCGUGUCCCACGCCAUAUGGUUCGUCAUGAUCCAGUCAGGGGAUGCGCUGAGGGCGCAGUUCAUGAUCCCCGUGAAGGCGUUCGCGGACGCCACUCACGUCGUGGUGGAGGAGGAUGCUGAAUUCAUCACGGACGACAACCUUGUUGACCCCGACAUGGCCGGAGACGUUUUCGGCCAGGGAGUGGGCCAUACGCUGUCGGAGAAGUACAACAAGCUCUCGGGAAAGCUCAAGCGGGUCGGGCAGAGGACCGUGAUCCAGAUCACGGUGGAGGGCGACGGCACGCGGCAGAUCGAGUACACGUGCGUGCGGUAUAGUUAUGACGAGGACACCAAUUGCUUCCAGCCUCGCGGCAUCUCUGAGUACCGAGCGACGGAGGUGCACCAGGCAUACCGUGCUGGAGGCUUGUCACAUGACGAGGCGGCGCGGGUGCGCGCCGAGUGCGGCCAGAAUGAGAUAAGCGUGCACGUGCCCGGCGUGGGCGAGGCCUUGUUCGUAGAGUUCAUGGACUUCACCAAAGUGGUCGCUUCCAUGGGCACAUGGGCCUACAUGGUCUACAGCGCGGCCAACCUGGGCAUGUUGUGGUUCGGCAUCACCUUCUUCAGCGGAGCCUACAAGGCACUCUGCAUCACGCGCCCCAACCAGAUAGAGAACGCCGCGUUGGCCAAGCUGGAGACUGACUGCGAGGUCAUGCGCCAGGGGAAGUGGAAGACGAUCAGCGCCAAGGAGAUCGUUCUUGGGGACAUCAUCCGAGUCGACGAUAGCGGCGAGCCAAAGUUGCCGUGCGACGGCAUCCUGAUCGAGGGCUCCAUCGUGACUAACGAGUCGAUGUUGACGGGUGAGCCCAUGCCUGUGCAGAAGCUGCCCGCCGAAGAUUCGGAGUCUUGUAUUCUCAACAAACGCAACAUAGGCUACGCGGGGACCAAGGUCCUGCAGUCCAACGGCCCCGCCAGCGGAAAGGCGGUCAUGAUCGCAACCGCUGUCGGGGCCCUGACGACGCGGGGCCAAUUGGUCAGGAUGGUGCUCUUCCCGACGAGCGUCCGAUUCAAAUACCUCGACCAGCUUCCCUACGUCUACAUGUCUUUGCUCCUGUACGUGGCAGUCCUGAUCACUAUCUACGUGUUCUUCGUUGACAUUGGCAGCUGGGUCGGGACAAUUCUCAUUGUCAUCAACACUUGCGCAAUGACGCUGAAUCCGAUGCUGCCUGUGAGCAUGGUCAUUGGCCAAGCAUCGGCGUCUGCACGUCUCAAGUCCAAGCUUGAGAUCAAUUGCUUGCAGCCUGGACGCAUCCCUAUUGCUGGCAAAAUCUCCACCAUGGUAUUCGACAAAACCGGCACCAUCACGAAGGAGGGUAUGGACUUCACAGCGGUCAUCCCCGUUACGGACAGGAAGUUCCAGUCCUGGGUCAGAUUCAACAGUAGUGAUCCGGAGAGCAUUGAAAAUAGGGACACUGUGGUCAAUGGCGUCACGGUGGCGUACCUCCGCCACGCCCUCGCGAGCUGCCACACCGUCACCAAGCUUGGCGACGGCAUGCUGAUCGGCAACGCUGUUGAGGUAUCCAUGGUGCGCACAUGUGGCUGGGAUCUGGGUGAGACCCGAGUCACUUCGCAUAGUGGUGAGGCCCUGGAGAUUGUAAAAAAGCUUGACUUCGACCACCACCGCAUGACUAGCGGCGUAGUGGUGCGUAGGCUCGACACGAGGGAGCUCGAGGUCUACAUCAAGGGCAGCUACGAGAAGGUCAAGUCGAUUUCUGCACCAGAUGCCGUGCCGCCAGACUACGAUGCGGUGACUGCAAAAUGUGCGAAAGAUGGCUACUACACGCUCGGAAUUGCAACGAGGACCUUGCCAGCAACGAUGGAUCCACAGGCGUUGAGAGACAUGACCCGCGAUACGCUCGAAGCAGGCCUGAGUAUCUGUGGCCUCCUCCUCUUCAUUAACGAGAUGAAACCCGACUCCCCGUCGGCGUUUAAGGCCUUGGAGCAGGGUGCAGUCCGGUCCGUCAUCUGCACCGGCGACAACGCCCUCACUGGGAUCUCCAUCGGUCUCAAGUGUGGCGUCGUGAAGACGUCCAGCGUGCUCCUGGGAGAUAUCGAGAGCGGGCAGCUGAUCUGGAGGGAGUCCGAGAGCGACAAGAUUGAGGAUCCUGGCAGCAGCGAGGCCCAGCUGGCCGUGACGCACGCGGCGUGGCGGCACCUCCACGGUAACGAGGACCUGCUGCAGCACCUCUGGGCCAGGCUCGAGGGGCACGUUUUCCACCACCACUACCAUAUGUAGGACGGGGGGGAGCGGAGGACGAGAAGGUCCUCAUCCUCCUCCUCCUCCUCCACCUCCUCCUCCACCUCCUCCUCCUCCUCCUCCUCC